AUGUCCAUCCCCUCGAGAGCCUACCGAAUUGUGCUCCGUUUGCUUGUCGUCGCCGGGCUAUUUGCAGGAACCUUUCUACUCUUCCUACGAUACCAAUGUCUUCUGGGCGGUUACCCAGGUGUAUAUGGCGGGUCGUGCUACAAGAGGCGGAACUAUGUUUCCAAUGACCUCGAGACGUACACCCGCAAACCGUAUAACCCACCUCCGCAUGUUGAGGUCGUCAUGGUGUCUACACCGCGAGAGCAAGCUGCCGGGACAACAGACUGGAUGUCGAACUCGAGCUUCGCUGAGAUGACAGGGCUGCCAAAGACGCACGUCGAGGUCAAGAAGUACGUCGCCGGGGACAAAAGCGCCGAGUACCACCCCCGAUUCAACAAGGGCCACGAGGUCUCGACAUACCUGAGCUACAUCGUCGAGAACUACGACCAACUUCCCGACAUCGUUUUAUUUAUACACGCCGAAGAUAACGCCUGGCACGUGGAGCCUCUGCUCCUGGGAUCCCUUUCGUACGCCUUGACGAGGCUGGACCUUGACCAGGUGCGAGCGCGAGGCUUCGUCAACCUGCGCGUCGGCUGGAGGGGCGGCUGCCCGUACGGCAUCAACAUGACCGGCACCAACAACGGGAAGCUCGUCGGUCAGGAGGCCCCCUACAUGUACCAGGCGUGGAUCGAGAACUUUGCGCCGCUCGACAAGACGGCCUACUUCUCCGUCCCAGAGGUCGUCGCAGCCCCGUGCUGCAGCCAGUUCGCCGUGACGCGCGAGACCAUCCAGUCCAAGCCCAAGGCGCAGUACGAGCGCUCCCUCAUGUGGCUGCAGCAGACGUCGCUGCCCGACUACAUAUCCGGCAGGGUCUGGGAGAGGUUGUUUCAGUUCCUCUUUGCCGGCAGGGCGCGCGACUGCCCGGACGAGAGGAAGACGUACUGUACCCUGUACAAACUCUGCCUCGACGCCGAGCAGUGGGAGGAGUACAAGGCUGCGGAGGAAGAAGACGCGGACUUGAGGCUGGCGCUACCCAGCGUGUGGAGUGUCGUGUGGAAGCUGCAGGUCACGAGGCGACUUGCCCAUCUUGGUAGCACGAUGAGGAGACUAAGGCAGCUGGCGCUAAUUCAAGGUCAAAAGGGAGAAAUGACCUUUCAUAUUCUCUCGGCCGCUGUCAUCAGCCUCAUCCUUGGGGGCGCAGCCAAAGCCGCCGUCAUUGCCAGCCGCCAGGAUCUUAUCAACGUCAAGCUCUGUCCUCACGAGAACAUGGAAGGAGACUGUUGGUUUAUUGACGUGAACGAGUGCACCAACGUCCACGAGCACAUGAACGACCUCGUUAGCUCCUUCGACACGGGUGAACGCCUCUGCACCUUUUUCGAGAGGGAGAACUGCGGAGGUCAUUCUUACACCGCCAGGGGUGAGAGGAAGACUCUCCCCAAGGACUUUAAUGACCAGAUCAGUUCGCUCAAGUGCAACUUGGGUCCCUAA